CUCUGGUCGUUCAAUGUUAAAUGUCACAUUCUUUCCAUCCCAUCAGCUGUUGUUGUGUGUUAUUUUGCAAAGGCAAAUCUGGCAAAGUUAUUAUGUGAUUAUCACUUGUUACUUGUUUUAUAUCACAAUUGUGUUCUUGUGUUUCAUUUCAAAAAAUGGAGGAGCAGGUUAAUGUCCAAAAAAUUGUGUAUGUUUGCACGGAGUGUGGGACGAAAUGUAGUAUAAAAUCAAAUAUUAACGUUCACAUGAAAAGGAAACACAAAGAUUUCGUGAAACCAUCCACUUUAAAGACCUUAAAAUGCCCUUUAUGCAGCACUUUGUUUUCUUUAAUGACUGAACUGGAUCAGCAUUUUUCCAAUGUGCAUGACUUACCAUUGAAGCAAGAAAACCUGGAAUUUAAUUCAUUUGAUGAGUUUAAGGAGUGGAAGCUUGAAAUAGAGACAAAUAAUCAGUCAUCAUAUGUUCUUUUAAAUUCCAGAAGUCUCAAUGACAAAUCAAAAAUAAUAAAAUAUAUUUGUCACCGAUCUGGAAACUACACAGAAAAUGUCAAAAAUACAAAAAGAGAGCGGCAACCAAAAGUUAAGGGUUCAAAUAAAAUUGGGUCUAUUUGUCCAGCAAGGAUAACAACAAAUAUAAAUUACAAAGGGAACAUUAUGGUCAAGUAUAUAUCCACCCACAUAGGACAUAAGCUGGAAGUAGGAAGGCUGCGAAUGACACAGUUUGAACGUGAACAAUUAGCAGGAAAAAUGUUUCAAGGAAUUCCCCAUUACAAAAUUUUGAAUGAUUUGAGUAAAAAUUUUAACCCUUCAGCCAGAAUUAGCUAUACAACAAAACAUGACUUACAUAAUGUAAGUAAAUCCUUUAAAAUAAAUUCAGACAUGAUUUUUGAUGAAGACGACACUAAAAGUGUAACUAUUUUAAUUGAAAAAGAUGUCUAACUUGGAUAAUCCUAUAUUAUUGUAUAAACCUUAUGGUGUAGAACAUAGUACCAUAGGAAAAAAUAAUUUUCUUUUAAUUUUUAUGAAUGCAGCUCAAACAGAAAUGCUUGCAAAAUAUGGGCAUAACAUUUUAAUGAUUGAUUCAACCCAUGGGACCAAUCCGUACAAAAUACAGCUUACAACACUUAUGGUAGUCGAUGAAGACUACGAAGGGUUUCCAGUAGCUUUUUUAUGGUCAAUUACCCAGACAGAAGUAAUAUAUAAGAUUUUUUUUUCUUGUCUAAAAGAAAAAUUUCCAGAACUUAAGCCCAGAAUUUUUAUGUCGGACGAUUGUAAUAUAUUUUAUAAUGCCUUUUAUACCUAACAAAGUUUUAUGUGACUGGCAUGUAAAAAGAAAUCUUAAUGAUAAUCUCUCUAAAAUAAAUUCGGUUGAAAAACGCAAAGAAGUUAAGAAAAAUAUAAAAUUAUUAAUUAAUGAACUUGAUGAGUUAACUUUCCAGAAAAUGAUGACUAAUCUGAUAAAAAGUAUAACUAGUGAUGAGGAUACAAAAAAAUAUGGACUGUACUUUGCCACUUACUAUGCAAAAAGACCUGAACAAUGGGCCCAUUGUUUCCGGAAAGGAUUUAAAAAGAACACUAACAUGUGUCUGGAAAAUUGGCACCAGGAGUUGAAACAUAAUCCUCAAAUGGCAGGAAAAUGUCAGAGAAGACUGGAUGUCAGUAUUAAUAACAUUUUAGAACGCCUUCGUAUGAAAUUUUUAAGAAGAUUGGUGACAAUAUCAAGAAACAGGGUUCCCUAUAAACUUAGUGAGUUAAGAAAACGUCAUAAAAUUGCCGAGCAAUUUGCGCACACUGUUCAAAUUUUUGAAGAUAUUCCUAAACAGAAAUGGCUUGUUGCUUCAUCUAAGAACACGAAUAGUACUCCAGGUUUAGAAUACUAUACUGUUGAAUGUAUUAAAGAUACUCAUGAAGUAUGCCAAUGCAAUUUUAAUUGCAAUGAAUGUAAAUGCUGCCUUCAUACAUAUUCAUUUACUUGCCACGAUUAUGCUAUACAGUAUAACAUGUGUAAACAUAUACAUAUGGUUUGUACAAGGUACCCUCCUACUCCACGAGAAAAUAUUUUCUCCAUGAAUGAUGAAGAUUCUUCAUUAUAUAUUGAUGAUGAACAUCAGCUUAUAUCCUGCCAACUUAAUCAAAACACUAGAGAUACCGUUCAGUUAGAAAAAAAGUCAACUCUGGAAGAACUAAGCAUUCUGACAAGCUUGAUAUCAAAUAGCAAUAAUUUAGAAGAAAUUACUUAUGCAAAGAAAAACAUCAAAACUAUAAUUUCUGCUAUUAGUGCAAUUAAAACAACUACAAUAAGCCCUCUAGUUUCUAGUGAGUACUACCCUCAUAACAAGAAAUCUGAAUUACAAAAUCGUAGACAGCCAUUACCAGUAACUACAUCUUUGAAAUCCCUAAAGAGGAAAAGAAAGAGAAAAGUUGAGGAUGAAGAG